AUGUGCAUCUUCCCUGCCUCCUUUUUCUCCCAAACACCCAGCCCAGCCCAGCUCAGCCCAGCCCAGCCCAGCUCAGCCCAGCCCCUCAGCCCAGCCCAGCUCAGCCCAGCCCAGCCCAGCUCAGCCCAGCCCAGCUCAGCCCGGCCCAGCCCAGCUCAGCCCAGCCCAGCUCAGCCCGGCCCAGCCCAGCUCAGCCCAGCUCAGCUCAGCCCAGCUCAGCCCAGCUCAGCCCGGCCCAGCCCAUCUCAGCCCAGCCCAGCCCAGCUCAGCCCAGCCCAGCUCAGCCCAGCUCAGCCCAGCCCAGCUCAGCCCAGCUCAGCCCAGCUCAGCCCGGCCCAGCCCAUCUCAGCCCAGCCCAGCCCAGCCCAAGGCCUCUGGGGACUAAACGAUGACAGCAGAGCCACAGAAUGGAUCCCAGCUCCGCCCUGCGAGUGCUGA